AUGCUUGAACCCUCAAUCUCAGGGUCAGUCCAUUUGGGCAUAACCACCGAGGUGCUACUUGAGUUGGCUAGGAACAGGAACAAAAUCCCGUUGCCAAAGUCAAUAGCUGGGCCUGCGGUCCCACUUCCUCCUGAGCAGGAUACUUUGAUCAACCCGAACUACCAGCUUGCAAUUCUUAAGAAGCAUACUAGCCAACCUGUUGAAGAAAUGGAAGAGGAUGAAGAGGGUAUUGAUCCUAGCCCAAACCCUUCCCAAGAACAGAAGACAGAUAAUAUGCAGCAAAAUACUCCUCAACGAGUAUCCUUUCCUCUUGGAGCUAAACGUCCAAGAUGAGAGUUGAUCAAGUACAUUAAGGAGGAAGUCGAUGUAAUUUGCACAUUUUUAUCUUUACUGGGUAAUGGUAAUUCAUAAGAAAGAUAUUAGUUGAACAAACUUGAUUAAUCUCACAUUAUAAUGAGGAAGAUAUUUUCACACCAAUGUUAAAAUCUGAUAGAAAGCACUCUUUAU